GGUCUGGUGGGAUACGUGCUAUACGAUGUCGUAGUUUCAUCGAAUACCCGAAUUAUACUGUGAAGUGAAAUACGGAGUAACUGUAAAACGUGGCAAUAGCAGGUCAAGGAUUGGGAAGAUGGAAGCAAACAGUAGCUCGAAUUCAACAAGAAAUGCAUCAUCUCUUCGAUGGAAGAUUCUUAAACGUGCUAUUCUUGGUGGUCCUUCAUCCAAUUCAGAUAAUCAAUCUGAAGUGGGUAUUCAGCGAAUAUCAAGAAAGGCAACCCACAGCUUCAAUUUGAUACCAUGCCGUGUGAAGAAAGAUUCCCCUGAAGAAAUCUUGGAUUCUUCGUUAUCAGAGAAGAAGCAGUUGCACAGCUCGCGAGAUGCUGUUUUCUGCUACACAUUGCCUGUUGCCAAUGCUCCUCAACUUCUUCUCCAUCAGAGAGUGGAUGAUAUUGCGAAUCUUAGUGACUUUGAGGUCUGUAACAAAUAUGAUAUUGACAACACUGGGCUUGUCUGUCAAUGGCCGUCUGAGGAAGUCCUUGCUUACUACUGUUUGGCACAUCCAGACACGUUCAGGCAGAAAAGUGUCAUUGAACUUGGAUCUGGAUAUGGCUUAGCUGGAUUAGCUGUUGCAAUGACAACAGAAGCAUUAGAAGUUAUCAUAUCAGAUGGAAAUCCUCAAGUCGUUGGUUAUAUACAGCAUAAUAUAAAUGCCAACUUUGGUGGAUUUGGUAGUACAGAAGUGAAGCCAUUGAUGCUACAUUGGGGUCUGGAUAAAGACUCAAAUUUCUCCAACAAAUUUGAUAUUAUCAUCGCAAGUGACUGCACUUUUUUUAAGGAAUUCCAUCCAGAACUUGUCCAAACCAUCAAAUUGUUGCUGAAAAGGGAGGUCUCCUCUGAAGCCAUACUUUUCAGUCCCAACAGAGGUGAUUCAUUGGACAAGUUUCUACUAAAAGUGAAAGAUAGUGGCUUGCGUUUCAGCGUAGAUGAGAUCUAUCAUACAGAAGUUUGGAAAUGUCAUCAGGGAUUCGUUAAUGGUGAUGAUUCCUGGCCUAACUAUGAGAUGGAUCAUUGCUAUCCUUUAUUGGUCAGAAUUACGUGGUGAACAUUCGCAAUGCAGGUUUACUGCUGUUUCAAUAGUUGAUCGAAGUGAAAUGUUUAACUCUGGAAGAAUGUUCUGAUUCGCAUUGAAGGACAGUUGAACUUCACAUCUUCACUUGAACAGAAGCAUCACUUAGAUUUACUAAAAGAAGGCCACCUUAGUUCAGCAAGUUCCUUCUUUUUUCCAUAGUAUUUCAGCAAAUAGUUUGAUAUCAUAGCAGUUUUAUAUCUAGAUUAAUUUUUUGUAUCGUCAGUUCUCAAUUGUUUAUUAAGGUGUUGAUUCACAUACUAUAUGAAGAGGAGUUUAAUAUCCUGAAUUA